UGAUGAGUGAUAUUUAUAUCACUCUAAACCUCUUAUUUAUCCCUAUAUUUAACCUUUAUUUUGUAUUUCACCCUCUUUUAUUUGUUUGUUUUGCUUAAAAUGCACCUUUUUUGUUUUACUAGUUCUUUUUAGAUAUGUCUUUGUUUUACUUUUCAAGUUACUUUUUACAUUAUUUUCUUGAUUCUUUAUAGGUCCAAUUAAAACAUACUUUUAAUUUCAUCUAUAAAAGCCAAAGAAAUGCACAAAUGUGGAGUAAACCAUGAAUGAUGAAGGGACGGAGGCAAAUGGAAGUUGAAGAAGCAAGGUUCAAAAGAUGGUCCACUUUGAACGACCAUAUCUUCCAUUCUACAAAUCAUUUUUCAGUGAUUCAAAUUGGAGAGUAAAAUUUGGCUCGUUAUCUUUCCAACGAUAGGUCACAUGCUUGAUUUGCAUUAAAAACGAGAAAGUUAUGGUCAUUUGAAGUUGAGCUAUUUGUGCAGUUUUCUUAGGAGCGCCCGCUCCCUUUUUCAAAGGAGCGCCCGCUCUUUGUUUUUGGAGCUCCCGCUCCCAAGUCGCUCUCUGGUCACUCCAACUUUCUGUUUUGCCCAGUUACCAUAGGAGCGCCCGCUCUUAUUUAUAAAGGAGUGCCCGCUCCUUUCAAAUUUUCCGGAUAGCUCUGUUUUUUUUCGCGACUCUUUAAUGAUGUAAUAAUUGGACCUAUAAAUAGGAAUCUUCCCUAUUCAUGAAGGGGGACCUAAUUUUAAAGGGGGAUUAGCCUCCAUUAGUCUUAGAUUAGGAUUUUAAGUGAGAGAAAUCUCAAAACCUAGAGAGAGAAAAGGGAGAAAACUCAAAGAGAGGUUGAAGAUUGGAUUCAAGGGUGACACUUGUAUUGGAACUUUCAACCAUUCAUCAAUGAGCAUUUCUUACUCUAUCUCCUCUUUUAUUGUUUUAUUUAAUUGUUUUUCUUAGAUUAGUUGUUCAUGAUUAGUUUAAUUAUUUAUGAUUUAUUUUAUUUUAGUUUAAUGUUAGAUUAAUGAUUAUUAGCAUGUUAUUAAAGUUUAAUUUCUCUAAAGUCCUCAUUUUUGUAUUUAUGAAGUAGUUUGUUGGUUAGGGUUUGGGUGAAAACCCAACCAUGAUUGAAUUGGGCAUUUGAAAUUGGAUUUAGAGAUUUGUGUGAUUAAAUUAUUGUUUGUUUAGCUCUUCUAAUCUAUGUUGCAUUCUCUUUGAUCACUUGAAUGUCGUAUUAGAUGGAGUUGAUUGAUUUAGGUUGGCAUGAGAGUGUGACCUAUUAAUUUCUAUUAUUGACUUGGGUUACCUUGAACCUCGGGAUAUGUUAGUAAUGGAUGAGAGUCCUUAUUUGAUGUCUUUGAGGAUUUCUCCGCCUAUGAGAGUAGGAUGGGAGUUGUGUGUUGGGUCAAUAGCAAAUUCAAGUAGUGUUCAUGUAUUAUCUCUAUGUUUGAUAUUCUUAUGCCUAUUUCAUGAUUAGUUGGUGUUUAAUCCCAUCUCCUAACUUUAUUUAUCUUUGAUAUUUAGCUUUUUCGUAGUUCUUAGUUGGUUAUUGACAAUUUCCGACUUGAUUCCGGCCUAGCUUAUUGUUUUAUCAAUACAUUUUGGUGUUCCUUAGUCCCUGUGGAUUUCGACCCUUACUUAUCACUUUACCUAGUUUAGUGAUUUAGUUAGGUUUUGUUUGAUUUUAGGAGGCUAGUAACGACCUAGUUUUUCCUAUGUCAGGAUACUUCUUUUGGAAAAGUGAUUACACGCCUAGAAGAUUCACAAUCAUCGUGUUCAUCUUUGUGAUCCUUGUUACUAGUAUUCUCCUCUAACAAUUUCCAGAGCGAUUCAUAACACACAAGUUUUCGGGCUAAAUAGCGAUACAUGACACUUGAUGUAGAACUUUGGCAAAGUCCUAAUGAAUCUACAAUUAUGAAAUAUUGAAAUUUAUAACGGGAAAAAAUAUACCGAUUCUUAGUCCUUUGGACUAUUAGCAGAAAAAAUUACUUACAAGUCUACAUCACAGUCAAUCAAAUACAAUAUUGCAUUCUUCUCUUGAUGUGAAUUGCUUAGAAAAUUCUCUUCUACACACCUUCAUUCAUGGAACAAGUUAAGAAACCAAGCAUUAUAUAAACCAUCUUUCACAUAAACAUGGCUUGAAAAAUUAGCAACAAAUCAACCAUCUUUCACAUAAACAAGCCAACAUGCAUACACUUAGCUGUUUGAACAACAUUGUCAUAGUUUUUCUAGUAUCCUCACUAAUCUUACCAUCACCAAAUAAACUAGUUUCAGUUGAAGCUAGAAACUUAGUUUCAUCCAACGGUGUGUUCAAGGUGAACUUAAUUCACCGUGAUUCACCACUUUCUCCUUACUACAACUCUUCCUUAACACUGCGAGAGCACGUAAAGAGAGCACCCUUAGGCUCAAUCUCUCAUAGCCAUAACAUUCACCUCUCCUCUGCAUAUUAUGACACAAAUCAAGAUGAUGGAAAAUUAUCAGCUUUGGUCUCAAAAGGUGGGGAGUAUCUCAUAACAAUUUCUUUUGGUACACCACCAGUUGAAUUUUCGGCCACUGCAGAUACCAGGAGUAACCUUAUAUGGAUCCCAUGUUCAUUGUGUGACACAAACACUUGCCUUCCACAAGUUUCGAACCCCGAAAUCUUCCAUGCAGCCACUUCUUCCACCUUUAAUAUAAUCCCUUGCUCUUCUCCGAAUUGCAACUAUCAAGAUAUUGCAACAGGUUGCACCCAAACAUCAUCGUCGUGUGUUUACCAGGCUCGCUAUGGAGGUGGAACACAAAGUACUGGUGUCCUAGCCACCGAAACCAUUAGCUUUCCCUCUCCUGACUCUACCUCAAAGACUCUUCAAUCCUCAAUAUUCGGGUGUGGGUUGAGUCAACAAGGCCCGCAAAAUAUCCUUUUGAAUGGAAUAGUUGGACUUGGGACAGGCUCAGAAUCAUUGAUCUCGCAAAUUGGUUCAAAUAUCAACUACAAAUUCUCCUACUGCUUGGCUCCCCUGUCUUCCGGGGUGACUAGCAAGCUAACAUUUGGAGCUGAUGUAACCGGCCCUGGAGUCGUGUCUAGUCCUUUCGAAGCUGGUGUAUCUCCAACUUAUUACACCCUUUCCCUCGCGGCCAUUAGUGUUGGGGAUCAGGAUAAUUCAGUCCAAGUUCCGGUUGGGCUAGAGGUGAUCAUUGAUUCUGGUACCACUUAUACUCUUCUACCAUCUAACAUCUAUCAAAGUGUUAAGUCUGCUUUGCAAAAUGCUAUUGCACUUAGCCCGGUUGACAACCCUAUCGAAACUUUAGACCUUUGUUAUGAUACUAUACAGUAAUCAGGUUCUGGUGCGCAGUUUAAUCCUCCUGAUGUGGUGUUCCAUUUUAAAGGGGCUGAUGUUGUGUUAAAGACAAUCAAUACAUUUAGAGACAUUGGGAAUGGUGUGAGUUGUUUGGCAAUGGUAGCUACAAGUAGUACUCUUUAUAUCUUUGGGAAUAUUGCUCAAAUUAACUUCGAGAUUGGGUAUGAUUUACAAGCAAAGAUGAUUUCCUUUGCUCCAACAGACUGUACUAGCCACUAGCUACUCGAAUAUAUAGUAGAGAUCUCUACAGCUAGCUAUAUUUUUUUUUGAUUCAUAUGAUCCACGAAGGCAGUACUCUACAACUAGCUAUAUGAUGUAUACUGAACUUGAUUAUAUAUCUUCUUGUGUUAGUCUACGCAAAGUUUUCAUUAAUAAUUUGCUAGUGCUAAAUAAAUUGUAAUGAGUUCUAGCUAUAUGAAGAAGCUCCACAAGCACAUACAUUGAUUUGUA